AUGGAAGCUAGAAGGUCUUAUGACAACUUUCGGAAGGUAUUUGGAAGGUGAAAGUGGAAAAUGCCUGCCACAAGCCUGCUGAGAAGCUUCUGGAAGGCUACCGGCGUGCUUUUUUUCUAAUUAGAAGAUGUUAGAAAGCUAUGGCGUUCGACCACUUGCUGGAAAGCUUCCAAACGCCUUCCCAGGAACCGAAAGCAGAAGCUUCCCAGCUUUUACCUGAGCUCGAGAACUAGGAAGCUGGACAGUUUGAGACUUUCAGAAUCUACUUUUGAUAGAUCCAGGAGCAUGAUGGUUCAUUUUCAAGAAAUUCCCAAAAACAAAGUAAAAAGACCACCUUUGUUGAAUUGAAAAUAUCUCACUACUUCAGAUUUUUUCAGGCUGGACAAUACUCACAUGUCCGAAAAUGGCAGGCUGGCACUUUGACCAACACAAAGUUUGCUCAAAAUUUGUAUUGAAUUCGGCAAUUUUUCCCUUUCCAGACAGCUUCUCGGGGCUUCUGUUCGUCUCCCUGACGCCAUUGUUUUCUUGUCGACCUUGACUUCAGUUGGUGAUAGUCAUCCGGCCAUUAUUGGUUCGUUUUGGAGUGGGAUAGAUCCUGAAUUGAAUUUUAUUGUAGAAAGUCGAUAUCUUGAUCGAUUCAGUUCGAUUGGGAAAUGAAAGUUUUCACGCUGUCCGGUUUUUUUUCAAUUUUAGGAUUGAUUAAUCUUUUUUUUCAGAUUUUUUGGAACUUGUCCAAGAUUUAGUGAGAGUUAUGAUGAAAAUUUUGAGUUUUCUAGAAUUUUUAUUCAUUUUAUACUUUUUUGUCGACGUUAGAACUACUUUGGAGAGCCUUGAAGGUACAUAGAUUACGAUUUUGAAUUCCUGACGGUUUUUUUUUUUUGAAUCUAGCGGUUCUUAGUUCGAAUUUGAAGCUUUUAUUGGAUUUUUGGAAGCUUGGAAUAUAGUUUCGUGAAAAAGGAGAAAAUGCAGUACCGAAAAAUCUAAAAACUGUGAAGAAGUUUUGAGAAAAAGAAAAUAGAGUGAUUUUCGAUAAGAUUAUAAUAUAAAACUUGUACAAGGGAAAGGCCAAAACGUCUCAAAAUGAACUUUUGAAAAAAAGGCCUCAAAAGCACUUUCUUUUCAACACUUUUUUUGAAAAAGACCUUUUAAGGAGAAAAAAAGGUGUGGCGGAAAAAAAGGUAGAAGAAUGAAGAUUCCGAGAAACUUUGGACACCUUUUUAGGAACUCAAAAAAGAAGCUCCAGACUCUUUUUCAAGCCCUUUGUGAGGUCGUUUGGAUUUUGCCUGUGUGAAAAAUUUGCCAAUUGAAAAUCUCUUGAAGAAGCUGCAAAAAUGGCCAUUCCGACGGUCGGCGUCGUGGAUUCCAACUCGGAUCCGGCCUACCUUUCCUACCUGAUCCCCGCCAACGACGAUACCCCCCAAUCUGUUGAAUAUUUGCUCAGGUUUAUUCAUUUUUCGCCACAAAAAGUUGAAAUAUUCAACUUUCCAGGCUGUUCAAAGAAGCCAUCCGACGAGGCACCGAAGCGCGGAAAAAAGCGGCUCAUGAACUGAAAUAA